AUGGAGAUGAUAAGAGGAGCAAGGAGGAUACUCAAAACACAAACCAAGGAGGACAUAGAAGAGGUUGAGAGGGUGAGGGAGGAAAGGAGAACCAAAAGAAGGAAUGAUCCUCUCAGCAGUGAGAGCGAAGCAGGAGAGUUUGAAAUUGGGGUGAACAUCCCACAUGAGGAGAAUGAUGACUCCCAAGUGAAGAAGAGGGUGAAGAGAUCAAUCAAGAGAUUGAGGAGAGUGAGCAUGAGGGCAAUGAGAAUGUGCCCAUGGAAGAGGAGGAGUCAAGUGAAGAAGAGGAUGAGCUCCCCAUAUGUGGAGUUGGUCCUCAAGAACAUGCACUUGGCCAAGCUCUUCUCCUACCACAUGGAAUCCUACAAGGAGCUCACUUGCGAGUUCCUAGCUUCAAUGAGGUACCACAUGUAUGAGGAAGAAGAUAGAGCUGAUUUGGACCAAGGAUUGGGAUGGAUCACGUUCUUGGCUAAGGGAGAGAAGAGAAUGGUGACCUUUAGGCAGCUGGAGAUCUUGUUUGGGUUCAACUAUGGAGAGGGAACCAAGUGGAACUUCAAGGAAAAGGAACUCCAAAGGGUUUGGGCUACAAUCGCUGAUGGAGUGUACUCUUCCUCAAGGUCCAAGGCAGCUCAGAUCAGGAGCCCAGUCUUGAGAUAUGUGCACAAGGCACUUGCCAACACCUUCUUUGCAAGGAAGGCAACCGGGACAAUCAACGAGGGGGAACUCAAGUUUCUUGACAUGGGAAUCAAGCCCCUUCUCUCACGCACAAGCGAUGGCAAGAGGAUAAGGGGAGAUAGGUCUGACACAGGGAACUUGAUGCCUUUCCUUGACCACCUCCUCACCUACAAGAUCACAGCUUACAACACUAGGCACCAAAGAGGAAGAAAGCUUAGUAUUGGAGGGCUCAUCACACCUAUCUUGUGUGCUGCUGGAGAGUUAGAUGGGAGGUUCCAAUUCAAGUUCACACAUCCAUUGGUUGGACCCUCCAAGCUUCUCCUGCCUAACCCAGAGCUCACCACAGUUGUAAGGGGUGAGAACAUUGAUUUUAGACCCCCUGUGUACACAUUAGUUGGGCAUGAGGAUGAUUGCGAGAAGAGGAGCCUGAGCUCGAUCGAGCUGAGUCUCGAGCUGAGGGUCGAGCUGAGGAUCGAGCUGAAUAUCAGGUCCAGGAGCGCUGACUUGGGUGAGCCUGAGUGCUACUACUUUGAGGAGUAUGAGGCUCCAAGGAUGAACCCCUCUGUUGUGGCUGCCCACAAGAGGAUUGGACUUCUCCAAAGGUUCAACAAGUGGCAAGGGAAAGCCAUGGAGAAGAUGCAAAAGUCCAUGGACAAGAUGGUGAGCAAGAUCAAGAGUUUGGAGAAGAAAGUUUCUGGUUCUUCAAGCAAGAAGAAGUCCAAGGCUCCCACUUUCCCUAGGAGUAGGUCACUCCUCACCACCCAAAGAAGGCUCCCUGCCCAAAGAGCCUCACAGAGCCUCUUCUUUCGAGCCAAGAAGGAGAGACAACACGCAGAGAAGGAGGAAGAGUUCCAAGGCCAGACGCUCCAGCUCGACCACCGGACUCGAUCGAGUCCAAACAGAGGAAACUCAACUCGAUCGAGCUGA